UAUGGCGGACGCCGUGGUGGAGCGUCCUGUAGAGUUAUUAUUUUUUGAUACAUUUUCACAUGAAGAUAGUGAAGAUUUGAAUCUCGACUUGGUGCGAUUUCCUUGUCCUGUAUCAAUAUGUGAGGUGCGGGUGGUACCCCUUGGAACUCAAGUGCAGGCAGACCUACCAGGUGGAUCAAGGAGAGGAGCCACCAAUCCCUCGUCUUUCAAGUUAGAACUGUUUGUCAACAAUCUUGGUAAACCAAAUGCGUCAACAUUUGAACAGCUUGGCCAACUGGAAUACAAAGAAAAUGUGACGAUACAGUUGAAACCUGAUGAAGAUAUUGCUACCGAUGGUUUGAUUCUGAAAGGAUGGUACAGCACAAUAACAUUGGCUGUGUAUGGUAGUGUCACUACAGUGGUUGUGAAGCCUGAUCGAGCAUCACCCCCGCCACCCCCUCCAUUACCAUCCCAGCAAACUGUAACCAGACCUAAAACUCGAGAUGGUCAUCAUGAGACAGACCGACCCACGCAACAAUCACAACAGCAACACCCACUGGACUUCAUCCAGGAGCAAGUGGAGCGGCAAAUACAGCAGCAGAAACAACAGCAGCAGCAGCAACAACAGCAGCAGCAGCAACAAACCCCACAGCCCGUGCCACCUCCUCACAUUCCGACACCGCAGCCAGUACCACCACCUCAUGUCGUGCAGCCACCUCAGCCCGUCCCACCUCCACAGCCAGUCCUCGCUCCCCAGCCUGUCCCUCCCCCACAGCCCAUACCCUCUCCACAGCCUGUUCAGGCCCCUCAACCCGUUCCCCCUCCACAACCUGUCCCCCCUCCCGUACCAGCACCAGAAGGUUACAGGCCUUCAUUUGAACAUCCCCAUCCUCAUCCAGUGCAGAGAGAGGUCCCUCUUGAAUUCCCUCCUAUUCCGCCAGGCCCCUCCCCAGUUGAACACCCUCACGAACCGAGGGGAGGUGUGGACCAGCAUCGCGAUUUCAGACAGGAGGUGCGCGACUCGCCGAGAGAUUUCAGGGAUUUUCCACCAGAACCGAAAGAGCCGUACAACGGUCGCGACAUAAGAGACGACUCGCGGUCGAGAGAUUCCUAUGACGAUAACUGGGAGUACCGGCGAGACGGGCGGAGUCGGCGCAGCUCCAGGGACAGCGACACACAAGAUUCGAGGGACUUCUCCCACUCCAGUUCCCGGGAGGGUUCACAGGAGUCGCAGGACCACAGAGGUAGAGAUUACAGAGACUAUAAGGAACGGGACAGAGAGAGGGAGCGAGACAGGUCUCACCGCGAGGACAGAGAACGAGAACGAGACCGGGACAAGAUCAAAGAGAGGGAGAGGCCAGGAGAGUUUGUCGAGAAAGAAGGAAGGCCAAGGACACCAACAAUGCCUGCAACAAGAAGGUCGUUUGAGAGGUCAAGGUCACGGUCACCACCGAUCAGAGAACCAAUACGACCUCCAGAGCCACCUCCACCAGACAAUGAAGAUAUGGAAUCGGGAGAACUGUUGGAAGAAGCAACAGAAGAGAUGUAUGAGAACCUGUCACCCGACAACUCACCUUUAAUUGUUACAUUCUCCGAUGGCGAAAUUCCGGAGGGUGAAGAUGCUGGGUAUGAGGAUAUAUCAUCGGAGGAUGACUUCACUGGAGAAGAUACGGAUGUGAUGCCUGGAUUUGAUCUUGAUUUGAUUGAUGAUUCGUGGGAGUUCACGACCCCUGUGUUCAAUCCUCUUCAGUGUUACUUGUCACCGCUAGGAAUAUUGACAGACCCGUCGUUGACACCGUUUGAGCAGGAAGUUGCUAACUUUGAAUCACAGCCGACCUCAACAUCUCCAGACGAGGCGACAUCUUUGUUAGAGACCGUGAAACAACUUGAUGGCAAGGCAAAACAUGACAAAUGGGUUGAAGCUCUAGAAGUUGUUCCCAAUCUUCUUGUGAAAGGACUAAGCUACAUUUUAACCAAACAGAAAACACGUGAUGUGUUGAACAAGCUUAUUAAUUGGACACUGGAUGGCCUUGACCUUGAGCAAGCCAUGGCUCAGCCGGAGUCGGCGUUUAAAGUGCGACACUUGAAGAUGGGGAUCAAACUGGCUGGCAGUCUGUGUUCUCUCAGUGCCGAGAUUGCAAACAAACUCUUGGUGAAGGACGUUCAACACAAGCUGUUUGACCUGUUCGUCUCUCCACACAUGGCGUUCAGCAUCAAACUACACAUUGUGAAGGCUCUCGAUCAGACGACGUACUUCUCGGAUGGUAUCAAGUGGUUCAUUGGCACGCACCCAGACCAGGACUCGAAGUCACGACCAGCCACGUGUUACCAGCGAGUGCUUGACAGCAUGCUGACAAAACAGCUUGCGUGUACAACUGUAGCAUUGUCGUCCCUGGUUACCAAGAUCCACACUUAUGAACUGUUCAAGAGUUUAUCUGAGUCCAUAGAUCAUGUGCUGAGCACCCUUCCGUCGGUGGAUGAUGAGGAGGCAGCAAAACCUGCCCCUAAAGAAGACCAGGACGACACAGAGCCAGGCAGUCAAACUCCCGUGCUUGACGAGAAAGAUGUCAGCCAGAUUGUCACGUGUCUCACCGAGGUGUGUCGGGUGUUCGUUCAUGCGGAACAGCUCAUUGCACAGUCGAAAACGGCUUUACCAAGCACUGUUGUGUUCGAAAAAUGUCCACCUGCACUUGAUCCGUACCCAGGAUUGUUUCAUGUAGCAUACUCAUGUCACUUACUGGAAAGCCUCUUCGUGUUAACCUCCACCCCGGCCCUGUGCUGCCACCUGCCGAUCUUCUCUGCAGUGCAGGACGUCUUACAACACCUGAACAAGUCACAGCCGGGUCUUCUCUUCCUGAGUGCCAGACCAGACACCACCAACGGAAUCAUCAGAUCUCUCAUCCAGGCACCUGAAGAAAAUGCUGAAGAUGUUGCGUCUGAAGAGACUGCCGCUCGACAGCUCGGUCUGGAGUUGGUGUAUUACCUACAGGUGCUGCAGUAUGUGGACCACUUGAUGGACUACCACAAGAAAAAUCCCAACCCUAAGAGUCUUGAUGCCUCCGAACCUCUGGGAAUCCUCCAGAACCUGUUUUCCAUGACCUUCACCUCUGUGUCACGUGACGGAAUUCCAAUUGUCACCACAGUGGGUCGCGAUGCUGUAGUGUAUGUCCUUAGUCUGGACGACAAUCUCAAAAUACUCUUCCCAUUUUUAGAACUCACAGGUGAUUCUGCUGCAGACCGGCGAAUGAAGAAAUCUGUGUGUACAGGAUACGCAACUCAGCUGCUCUGUCUGGUUGUCAAGUUGUCAACAAACGUAAAGAUGCUAGAAAAAUAUAAGACCAAAUUGUGUGCAAUAUCAGAAGAAGGUAUCAACACUAGACUGGACGACCUUCAGAACUGGCUUGCGCCCAUGACCAAACUGACCACGAUCACUUACAAUGAGCUGUCCAUCGUGAUUGGUCAGCUGAAGCAGUACGUGGACGAUGUCCAGAAGUUGCCACCCGGUCUGAUCACAACACUUAGAAUCCUUCACAGUCUGGUCAUCAAUCCACAGACGAAGUUUACACAGGAUCAACUUACAGAGCUGAGAUACAAGUACGCACUGCUGGAGAUUUAUAGUGAGGAAUGUUUUCCCAUCCUACUCGGAUUUCUUCAGAAACUGAGUGAAUCACUGUUACGUCCCUGGCAACAAGGUCUGCGCCUAAAUAAUGAGCAGUUGAUGUUACAUCUGGCAAUAAUACAACCUUCCUUAACGAUUGUCAGGAACAUUCUCUGUGAACUCAUUGGGGCCACAGGUAGAGAGUUCAAAGACCUAACAGCCCUGACAGUUUUGUUUGAACUGUACACGGUGAUGUGUUCCGUUCCUCUGUCUUUGAUGCACAGCCAGGAGCUAGCUAUGAUUCAAAAAGAAAUCAUUGAUUGCAUUUUGGCGUACACCCAGCCUACCCUCGAUCCACAAAUACAGACUGAAGAUGCUCUGAGUCAGAGUCUGUGGACAAUGACCGUGGGAGAGUUGUUGAAGUACACUGUCAAGAUGCCGUACACAUACCUCAGUGGACUUCUCGUACUGUCAGAAAUUCUACCCCUCCCUCUUCCUCUACAAUCUAAACAGCCUUUGUCUGAAGAGGAGGUCAGUGCAGCCUUGACCUCUAGGAAGUUAUGGAGUGCUCACCUUCACCCUUUGACCCCUCAGUUGACCAACAUUAUUGAAACAUUAGCAGGUUCCAGCUGUCAGCCGGUACAACACAUGGUACGAAGGGUUUGUUGUCAAUUAGCUGAUCUUGCAGCGCCAUCGGCAGCUAUGCUCACAAAAUGUUUUGUGAACAUCCUGCUGAGUAACCUGACAAGUAAGAAGGAUGCUGAUGGCGCGGAAGACAGGAAGGAUGGAGAUCUAGUGGACCCGGAGAACCUGGAGGCGAUGUGCAGCUCUCAGCACGUGGGCAAAGUCUUCAACCUGCUCGCCUACCUCCUGUCCCAGCCGGCCAUCAAAACGUCCAUGCUCGACAUCAUCAGAGGAUCUUCUGAAGAUGAGAAUUAUUCCCGACUUCUACCUACUUUCUUACAAAUGUUGAACCAUGUCUCAGACAAAUCCAUUCACUACGGUGCUCAAGAAUGUAUUGUGUCCAUACUGCAGAGUCUGUGUGAUCCUGAAAUCACGCUGGUGGCCCCCGAUUCCAAGAUGACCUUACUCGAUCAGCUGACCAACUCGCUUCCCGGGUCAGACAGUCUGAGUGUGAUAGUGAGUGCGCUGCUGGAGCACAUCAGCAACCCCGACCACUCAUACGCCACGAUUCUGCCGUGUGUGAGGACGCUCGUCAUGCUCACCGACCACGACUACGGCUUCUACCACAUCUACAGUGGUCUGAAGAAGCACUCGAACGUCUUCACAAGUCUCCUGCUGCGGAUCAACAACACAUUCAGCAAGGACAGCUCCGACUGUCUGUCCACGCUCUCGACCAGCAUCGAGUUUCUGCGGCUUCUCGUCGUUGUGGAUACCUCUCUCGUCGACCUGUCCAUCACGCGCUCACACUCGCUCACCACGCGACAGCUCGCCGAGGUGUUGUCGUGGCAACCUGAGAUACAGCAUCCACUGGACGACCUAGAGAAAUUGUUAGAGGAAUGUGCGAAGGAGGAAGAGUCGAUAGAAACUAUUGUACACAGUAUUAACACCCUGAUGAAGAUGUUGAGAGACAACUGUACACAAGAGGAUAAAAAUAUUCCCGAAACGACUCUACCGAAUCCGGAGCCGAUCAGUGAACUGUUUAACCAGCGUGUGGUGUUUGUGAUCACCGAUGUGGAGCAGGACCGACUCAGCCCCACGUACUGGCUCGGCAAUCCGGCCCUGGAGGAACCGGACCAGGACCCGGAUCUGGUGUGUGUCAAUCUGGAGGAGCUGUGUGUGCGCUACUUCCCGGACUUCACGCUUGAGUUCGAGCUCAAGAAAGACUGCAGUCUGAUCGGAAUUGAUGUGGUGCGGCCGAGGAGACCGAAGGGAGACCGUCGGCGAUCCCACGAGAUGAUCAACAUUAACAGAGGCAGACGUGGUGGCAGACCGUUUGUUGCACCAAUGCGUGGUCGUGGUUUGAUGAAUCAGAAUCGGUCUGAUCCAUUCCGGUCACGACCCCCCAACACGAGUCGCCCCCCGUCCAUGCACGUUGACGACUUCAUCAAGAUGGAAAAGAACCGGUCCCACAGUCCGUCACCACAGGGUCAGCACAUCCAGGGAGGACCACCGCGCAGAAUGGACAAGGAUUCCUCCCCAUACCGUGGGCGAGGACGAGGAGGAUUCCCGUUCAGUGACAGAGGAAGAGGCGGCUUCUCGGGACGAGCGAAGUUCUUCACCCCACCUCCCAACUACGGCCACCCAGAGCACAGUGAGUUCGCCGUGCAACGUGGUGGAAUGGGUUCCUAUCGUGGAGACAGAGGCAAGUUCAGUCCUCGAGGAUUUUACAGAGGAGGCUAUGAAUCGCGACCCAGUAUGGGUGAGAGGGGCGGUGGCCGAGAUGCCAGAUUCUCUCCACGUGGGCGCGGCUACUGGAACAGAGACAACAAGGAUGACGCAAAUCGAUUUCCAGUGACAACAUUUCAAGGUAGAAGAGAAUUUGGAGGGAGACAUGUGCGGUCCUUUACAAAAUAGAACAGUGAAUGUGCCAGUCAUAACGAUUGUGACAGAUAUCGUAAUAUGUGACCGUUCAGUGCAACAAGAUCUCAUAAACUGAUGGAUUAAGAUUAAAUGAUCAAAAUGUUUGAUUGACUCACUGAAAUGUAUUAUUUAAGACAUUUUGAAGAUGUUUUUGUUAUGGGAUUUGGAUGUUUGUUUAGCUCUAAGUUUUAAUUGAAUCAUGAACUUGAAUGUUUUAUUUUUUUCUUUGAUGGUGCAUGUGAAUGGAAAAAUACAAUUUGUGAGUAUGAAGAAUAUUGUUCUUGAAAAAGAAAAAAAGAAAAAAAAGAAAACAUGACUGACAUUUAUAUUUAGGUCUGUAGGGGACUAAAAAUUAUUCCAUUAUAAAGUUUACUGAUUUCUCUUGAAAGCUGUCACGGCUUGAACAAAAAUAAUAUUCUCAACAUUGUGUUUAUUGGUGGAUUUAUUCUGGAGAUGAAGUGGAUGAUGCAGAGAAUUUCAUCGGAAUUUUCUGGUGCCUAAAUAAAUUGAUCUAUAUAAUUUAUAAAAAAUGCCUUAUACUAUCGUCUACAUUCUAUAGGAAAGUAGAAUGUGACCAAUAUGUCAAAUUGUUGGACGCAAGCUAACAUGUUGAAUGAAGAAUUAAAAUUUUCUUAUGGAAGUGGGUCAUCUACAUUCUAUAGGAAAGUAGAAUAUGACCAAUAUGUCAAAUUGUUGGACACAAGCUAACAUGUUGAAUGAAGAAUUGAAAUUUUCUUAUGGAAGUGGGUCAUCUACAUUCUAUAGGAAAGUAGAAUAUGACCAAUAUGUCAAAUUGUUGGACACAAGCUAACAUGUUGAAUGAAGAAUUAAAAUUUUCUUAUGGAAGUGG